UUACCAAUUAUAAAAAGGCCAAAUCUUUGCAGCAAGAUCGUGCACACCGGAGAAACGCGCCUUCCUCCUUGAGCAGAUGUUCGAAUGCAAUAUAUGUUUUGAAACUGCUUUCGAACCUGUUGUCACCCGUUGUGGGCAUUUGUUCUGCUGGAAAUGCUUGCACUUGUGGCUUUCUGCCCCUCGAAGGUCGGCAUAUGGCAAUCUGCAGCCCAGCAACGGCUGGAGCAGCUGCCCAGUGUGCAAGGCUGCGGUGUCGCAACAGACGGUCACGCCAGUGUACGCAAGGGAUGGAAGUGGUGGUAUGGAAACAGAACAACGAGAUGCCAGCUUACCACCUCGACCAGCAGGUGAGUGGCAAGAGCCUGAAACACCAGAGGCCGAAGGCUUUGUCUACGGCGGAACGGCAUCCAGAUACAGUUUCUCCGCUGGCUAUGGACAGUUCCCUGUGGUUUGUGCCCUGGCGCUGGGUGGCAGCUAUGGCAGCGUACCUGUGAGUCGUCCCGCUUUGCUCACCCUGGGCGCGUUGGCGUGCAUUGCCUUGGUUUCGAUUGCCCUCAUGUAGCGAAGCUGGGAAGAGACCUCUCUUUCUUGUUGCCAAGUGAAGAUGUCAAGAACGGUCUCUUUCAGUUGUUCCCUUCUGAAAGGGUAUGUAGAGGUUCAACUCCGACUCUUGAAACAUCACAGACCGCUUUGUGGAAGCCACUUUGAGUGCUGGACAUGAUGAUGGUAUGCAGUGGCGGACAUGUCAGAUUCUUUAAGUAGGCUGGAUAAGACACCAUGUGGUUCGAAGCUGACCCUGUGUGAACUGGUUUUCUGCUUGGAGUGAUGUAUGGGGACAGCAAAUGCAUGCCAAAGACGCAUCCGUUUGACCCCAAUGGCAUCCACUCGGAGCUUUGGAGUGGUAGCCAGGGGCUGCGAAUCGGCAGAUUCUCGCUUUGCUGACAUGUGAGUCCAUAUCGCAGAUCUUGAGAAUCAUAGCAAGAAG